CAUCAACUCGAUUCUGAUUCAGUCGAGGUCUAGAUUAAAAACGUAUUUUUCGCAGUUGAUUUCAUUAAAAAUGUUGCCGUCAGUUGUACAUCUAUACGUUUUAUUAUUUUUUAUGACAAAGAUAAUGCAUUGCCAAUCGUUGUGUUCUUGUGAUAUACCGGAUUCCGAUUUCGCGUCUGGAAUCUACCUAACAUAUUACAAAUGCAAUAAUGAAACUCCCGACACAAUCGCCUAUCCUAUCACAGCGCCAAACGAUUUACUCGACGUGUUGGAAGAUAAACGGACAAUCUUUUAUGUUUUUGGGUAUUUGCAAUUUCCGGAGAACCCAAAUGUACAGUUAAUGAUGAAAGCACUAUGUUACGAAAGAACGGACAACAUUGUGUUACUCGAUUGGAGUAAGUACUCUAAUGGGACUUACCCCAUCGUUUUUCAACGUGCUGAAAAAGUAGGAAGUCUUUUUGCACAAAGUAUACGACUGCUUGUGGAGAAAGGCCUGAACAUAUCGAAAAUUUAUAUCGUUGCGCACUCCUUGGGCACUCAUAUUGCUGGCUUCGCGGGUAAAUGCAACAGCUUCAAAGUACCUCGCAUCACAGCACUGGAUCCAGCGAAUCCUAUUAUUUAUCCUAUCGGAUGUUACCUCAAGUCUGACGAUGCCAUGUGGAUCGAUGUUAUCCAUACGGAUAUGGGUGGAUAUGGUAUCCCAUGGACUAUGGGGACAGCCGACUAUGUAGUGAAUCAUGGAAUUCGCCCUCAACCCGGUUGCGAAUUAGUUGGCCUACCAUUAAGCCCUACUGAUGUCUGUAGUCAUCAAACAUCAGUCGAGAUAUAUGCAGAAUCAAAAUAUAACAGUUCCACAUUUGAUGUAAAAAAAUGUUCUUUUGUGCAAUAUAUUUUCUUCACUGAUUGCACUGAGCCGAUCGGUAUUGGAUAUACAGCUGCAAACAUAAGCGGAACAGUUUAUGUUUCUUAUGUUCCUAUAAAUAGCAAAUACUGGGCAGCUAUUUCACCGUAUUCAACAUAUUACUAAAGAUUUAUAGAAAACGUAGUUAAAAAGCACUGAUUCUGUUAUAUGUAUUACAGUAUUUUUAGAAACACCAGAUAACACAUGCGCGCGCUACGCACGCGUUAUUUGCUCUACCUAAAAAUUUGCAUGGUUUGAUAACUGCAAAUAACAUGACUGAAGCAUGUCGUGUUGCACAAGCGAAACAACCAAUGACGCACGCGGAAAAGCGGCAACAAUACCAGCGGUAUAAAAUGCAGUUCACACGUACACACGGAUUUUUUUAUAAGGGAACUAGCACGCAGCGCGCGCUGACGCGCGCGCCUCCACUGCUUUUCUUACUUCUCUCUUGGCAACUCUACCUAAUUGUAAGAAAAAAUAUAAAUUUUUACACGUAUUUGAAAAAUUUAUUUUCUUACUUUCAUUUUUAACUUGUUUUGUUUUUUUUCUUACACGUCUUUUAUUACGAUAGCCUAUCCUAGGCAACUGUCUUUAAGAACCAAUUGCAAUAAAUACCUGUUAAAAGUUCAA